ACGCAGACGUCAAGGAGCUGUGUUCAAAGAAAAGUGAGGGGGUCUUUUUGCGACGAGGAAUAAGCCGAAAUCAUAGUGUCUAUCACUGUCAAUCGCAAACUUCAGGAUACACACAAGCAAGUUUUCGGGACUUCAGUGUAAUAGACAGGUUUUGCAAAUCUUUGGAAGAGCUACGAACGACGCAGUACAUAAAUACAUUUUAUUGAAGAUUAGAAAAUGUAUUUGGCGGGCCCGGCUUACCAAACAACCGUUUAUUCCUGCAUGAGGUGGACAGCCGAACUCAUUCAUACUUUCCAGGGAGUCUUUAUCGUUAAUGACAACGGGAUCAUCACUAAUGAAGGUAGAGCGAAGGACUUAAGCAAUAUAUCCAAAGUAUUUAUUUCGCUGAUCAGUCACAUUUUACAUUCCAGCUUGCCGAACUUGGUUGAUUUUCGGUGCUGUUCGGCAAACGGCUAGCCAAACACGACAAAACAUGAUGCUAGUUCGGUGAGCGACUCGCCAAAUAUCCGCAGCCCAAAGAUAUCCCAGAUUUCUCCUCCAACUAAGUAUAAAGGAGUGAUUUGGUGUCAUUGAUGAAUCAGCACAGGACUAUGAUUGAUUACAUCAAAGAUCUUCGUACCUCUUCGUUCGUAUGGAUCGCGAACAUGUCUAUUGUGACGGGAUACGAUCAGAUCGAAAUCGCUUGUCGAAAGAUGGGAGAUGCAUCUUUCACGAGGCGUCGGUCUGAUAGCUCCCUCUCCACCAUGUACCAUCGGACCCAUUUGAGCGAGAGUGGCCGAAACCCAGUCGACAACUUGGUUUUCUACCUGUCGGAAGUUCUCAAGCUCGAAAUCGUCUCUUAUCUAUGAGACAUCAUAUCAUGUCAUAGGAGUAGAUAUAGAAAGAUCAAUGGGACGUUAUAUUUGUACAGUGUGGUGCACAUCCUUAUACAUAUGUACAUGUACACUAUCUCUUAUUUAUUCGUAAAAACAACUUAUGUAUUUGGUGGUCUCAAUGCACCGACUGUGAAAUAGUAAAAAAAAGAAGGUGUAGUGAAACUAAACAUUACAUCGGAUUUAUAGAAAGGAUGCUAUACAUCCGUGCCAUAGUUGUUCGAGUUUUAAAAUUGUUUGGGUUCAUAUGACUUGAGGAAAAUCGUGUAUUAUUCAAAACUCAAUCGCAACCUUAGCUGCGAGACUACUACAUUCGACCACGAUCCAAGAUGGCAAAUUUGAACCACGUGACCUUCUCAAAACUCGCAGACGAUUUUGCCUUCGUCGAUCCAGAACCGGACUUCGGUUCGCAGUCAGCAAUUUCUGGUAUUCUGUGUGCCUUGUUGUGUAUUUUCCAAGACGAGUGCCUGUUGGUUAGUGCAAUUCGGAAUGAGAACUUGUGCCAGUGGAGUCGCAAAGGAGGGGCUUGUGUUCGAAAUACGGAUGUUUUUCGAUUGAGCAUGUCACGAAUUUAUGAGAAAAAAGUAAAGCAUGUCGUAAAGUUUACAUUAGUCAGGAAAUCUAGGGUGAUUCCGCCAGUGAUAAGCAGGCUAAACUCAGGGUCACAGUCUGUGUAUAUGUAUAUGUGUACGCAGAAUUAUAUUCUUGUAUUAAAUUCUUUUAUCAUAAAAUCUGCUGCUACGUUUAACAUUUUAGUGUAUAGGUACAAUAAAAAUAAUGAGGCGUUUAUAAAAGCGUAUGAUACAACGACAAACAAGAAUGGUGGCACUAGUAUUUUGGGCCAAUUUUUCCAAAAUUAUUUGUUGGCGGUCCGAAUGAAGACGUCCACUCUACUGCUGUAUGACGUCGUGCGAGGUUAUUUUGGCGGAAAGAUUGACAUUCCAGCGCAAGACAGAUGCCGACGUUUGGUGGAUAUACGAUCGAUGAUGUUCAACUUUGGAAACGGGGAUCAAAAUGCCGCUGUUUGCUGCAGGAGUACAAUAAUUCGAAAAAUGUCCAUUACAGUCUAUGAUGUAAAGGUUACUUCACACCGGGGAAAAGUUUGGGUUAAAUUUGUAUCUCCGAAAUUGAUGAGGCCUAACGGUAGACAAACGCGGAAGACUGUCAUGAAAAUGGAUUUAAAGUUUAUCCUGGAUGCUGAUAUUUUGCUUAUGAUCAGUUAUAAAGAAAAACAUAUUGAUGUUUUUCAUUUUCGGCAGUCAAAUGGAUACAAACCCGAGAGAAACAAUAUCAAGCCACCUAUGGCAAGUGUUGCUCUGAUUGGUAACUCCAAAUUCGGAUCUACUUUACUUGUUCACCACAAUAAUCUAAUAGGUUUAUUUGAGAUAUUUUGUCGAUUUAAAGAUAGCAUCAGUAAGAAGAAAUAUGAAGCAAUGCUAAAACGGGUCAAUCCUGUUCUUACGUUUAAAAUGAAAGUCAAAGGCAAAAACAUAGAAUUGAUCAUGGGGAUGAAUAUGAAUCGAAAUCUCGUGUUUUUGGAUGCAGAAUAUGAUAAAAGACAAAAACAUGGCCAAAUGAAUCAAAUUGUGAGGACAGUCUUGAUAUACAGGGAAAUUCCAUAGGUACAGAUCUUAGUCGGUUUGUAAAGCAGCAUGCAUGAGUUGAAAAAUAUGAUACGGGAGGCACCCUUGAAGAUAUCAUUUGCUGUUAUAUUGUCUCUUCAUGUUUUGCAGAACCUAAACUUCAAAAGGUUUCCAUUUAACCACUUCACCACUGUAGCCUGAAAUUUCGGUCCGACGUCAGGGAGGAUACCGCGGUGACGUCACGGCUUUUCCAAGAUGGCGCUGCAUAUUGUAAACAAACUCGAUCCACGGCCAAGGGAAAAUCAAGUCAUCAAACAAAGUUAGAUUUUUCGCAUCAAAUCAGAGUUAUUAGUACUUUUCUGCUAUGAAAUAAGUCUUCAGACAACAAGUUAUCAUUUGAAUAAUGAAAAGUGCUGUUUUGAUGGGGAAAAAUAGGGUUUUUAAAGCCAAAUAGCCGGGCACCGAUCUUCCAAAAUUAGCGAUGGUUUCAAAACAGUCUUCCAGAUAUGGGGCAAUCUCUUCAUUAUCAUAAUGGGAUUUGGAGGCAUGUUUACAGAUUUUACAAGUUCGAGACAUGUAGGACCUAAAACUCGCAUAGAUCCCCAUAGAUCCCCUCUAUUUGUCUGUAAGAUCAUGCAUUUUCGGACACUAGAACGAAAUCUUCCUGCGGAUAUCGCGGUUUCGGUGAUGAUUUAAGGAGAAAUUGACUGUUCUUAGAGUUGUAUGGGACAGAAAUGAGUUCAUACUUCAUGAAUACAUGAAUAUAUUAUGAUAUGGGCGGGCUUCUAAGUCAAAACAAUAAUAAACUCAACUGCAUCUCUACCGUGUAUCGCAUAGUGCAUUGCCUAGUGUAUUUCGUAGUGUAUUUUAGCGGAGACAUUAUUUCCGCACUUUGGCCACGCUAAACGUCUUUUUUAUUCGUGGAAGUUAAUCUGCUCUGUAAAUUUUAUUUUACACAGGAAGAAUCCAUACUAGGUAUUGCAAUAUUUCAUGUCUAUUGGUGAUUUUGUGUACAGGAGCGCACCAGACAGUGGGACGUGGAGAUGUGUUCAGUGCUGGUGCUGUCAGUAGACUGAAUCUGUUUGGCCAUAGCGAUCACUAAUAUGGGAUGUGAUCACGUGAUAUGACGUCACCGCGGUAUCCUCCUUGGUCCGACGUGCAAA